AGCAAAGUGCCAAAACCAGAGCAGGAGCUGGGCCGACUAGACUACUGAACCAAUCCGCGCGCCCUCGCCCUGCUCCCCCCUCUGUCGCCAUGGCCGCCGCACUCUCCUCCCCCCACCUCGCCGCGACCCUGCCGUCUCUCCGGCCCCCUGCCCGCCGGCCUUCGCGCGCGGCCUCUCUACUCCCGCCCCGGGGCGCCCGCAUCGCCCUCCGUCGCUCCUCCAGGCAUCCUUACCCUUCGUCAAGAAAUUCUGGAUGGUUUGAGAAUGCGGCAAGGAAGAAAGCUCUGUUUGCAUCAGAGACAGAUUCCCCUAGCACCGAGGUUUCAAAACAGAGCAGCACCGGCGACGCCAACUCUUCUCCACAUGGCCCGCCAGUCCUGACCAUUUUGGCCGGUAUCGCUGUGUUCUUCCUGCUCUUGUGGGUCAUCGGAUCGAUCUUCACCUGGAUCGUCGGUCUCGUCUUCGGGGCUGCGAAAUCUUAGGUGUUUAUCAAUGUUAGGAUAGUUCUGCACCUUUUCAGUUGUAUAUACACUUGUCCCCGGCUGCUGUUUGAUGAUAGCCCUGGAUCAUUGCAUCCUCUGCUGUCAUUUCCAUCCGAGAUUCUUGAAUAAUUGUAUUACAUAUUCCUAGCCAAAAGUCACGGAUUACCACACUGUUAUUUCUAGCCAUAUCUUGGCUCAUGACAGCAAGUGUUGUUAUUUUGGAGAAAGACAGUGCCUGUGUUCGUUCCAUUUCUUC